CUCAUCAGUCUCCGAGAAAACAGCAGCUUGGGAUUCUUCCUCGGGCAUUACUUCCGGUGCGGAAAGUCGACGACAACGAACCGGGCGCUGACUCCAAGGCCUUUCUCAAACGACAAGACUGAUUAAACACAAGCAUUCCGUGUGCUGACCCAUUCUUGCGACCUCGCAACAAAGACAUGAAGGAGUACCUUAGCAGCCCAAUUCGACCCCUAUCACCUCGUGAGCAUAGCAGCCCCCCAGCAGCACACUCAAAAUUCAACAUGACGAUGGAUCCAGAACGGACGCCGACCCCAUCUACAGCCGAGGUAGCCGCUCGUGAGUUACCUGUGCAGAAUCGCUCCCCGCGGAAAAUUGACCCCUCCUUUCUCAAAAAUGGAACAUUGUUACGACCCUCCACAGACACGGGCUUCUCACAACUUGCUGCCUUCUCUCUGUUCGUUAGCAUCCGAAGGAAACUUUGAAAAAUCACGAAGCUCGAAAGACUUUGCGAAGAACACUACUAUUACGAAACCAACACAACUUUCUUUUGACCCAAUGACCAGCUCCAUAUCGAAAAGACGGUAUUCGGAGCGGUCUCCCAGUACCACCAGCGUAACCGGGGAGAACGAGGAUUCCACGGCCGGUGGCGAAGGCGAUUCUUCGGCCGAGUCACACCUUACCGAAAUGCAGCAACCCGACCCGUCCGACAUACGAUUGGAGAUGAACCCGAUCGGCGCGACGGAAAACUUUGCCGAUCUGCCCGAUCCCGAGGACGACAAGCUGAGCCCGGACGAGUUUCUCCACAAACUCGUUUUCGCAACGUGUGGCAUGGAACUCGAGCCAAAGAAAGCCAAGUCGCUGAAAGACUUUUUUGAAAAGGUGACGGACGCACAGGUGGCCGCCUACACAAUGGCGGUGGUCUCGGCGUGCCGCAACAACGAUCUGGAUGCCCUGAAGAAGCUUCAUUCGGAAGAGGGCCAAACACUGAACUGUUUCAACCGCUUUGGGGAAAGUCUUCUGACGAUGGCGUGUAGGAGGGGGUUCGAGGACGUGGUGGAGUAUCUUCUGCAACAAGCGGGCGUGGACGUGCGGAUUUCCGACGACAGCGGCCGAACGGUCCUGCACGACGCCUGCUGGAAUCCCUCCCCGCAGCUGCGAAUCUGUGGGUGGAUCACGGACCGGGAUCCGGCGCUGUGGUUCGUUGCCGACAACCGGGGCUGCACCCCCUUUCAAUACGCGCGUCCGGAACACUGGGGCAUCUGGAGGCAAUUUUUGUUGGACCACAAGGGCGCCCUCCAGCUGCUGAGAACGGACGACAUCAAAUCAAAACUAUCGAAACAAACGCAAUAAAAAAGGAGACUCGGUAGACCAAAGAAAACUAUAGAAAAAUU